UUACCGGGCCCCGGUCCAUUCCGGGGCCCCGGUCCAUUCCCAGGUCCCGGUCCAUUCCCAGGCCCCGGUCCAUUCAUAGGCAUCGGUCCAUUCCCGGGCCCCGGUCCAUUCCCAGGACCCGGUCCAUUCCCAGGACCCGGUCCAUUCCCAGGUCCCGGUCCGAUUCCGCGCCCCGGUCAUUUCCCAGGUCCCGGACCUUUCCCAGGUCCCGGACCUUUCCCAGGUCCCGGACCUUUCCCAGGUCCCGGACCUUUCCCUGGUCCCGGACCUUUCCCAGGCCCCGGACGAUUCCCAGGUCCCGGUCCUUUCCCAGGCCCCGGACCUUUCCCAGGCCCCGGACGAUUCCCAGGUCCCGGUCCUUUCCCAGGCCCCGGACCUUUCCCAGGCCCCGGACCUUUCCCAGGCCCCGGACCUUUCCCAGGUCCCGGUCCUUUCCCAGGCCCCAGACCUUUCUCUUGCUCUGGCCCUUGCGAUUGCCAGGGACCCGAUAAUAAACGUCCAAUGGAAACUGACUUCGAUAAGCUGGCUCGUUACGUGAUCUCCGCCGACAAGCAGGUGUAUAACAGUUGCAAGCAAAGCUCGUACAGCCGGGUGCGUGUGCUGCCGGGUGAGGACAUGUACGCACUCAAGUACAACCUGCCUGAGUUCGCCGAGAGUGGCAUCAAGUUGCAGAUCAAGCACCGUGUCAUCUCGGCCACU